CGCGAAAGUGGUUGGUACUCCUUUUUCACUGAGAGCACACGAUUGACGUGAAGUAGUAGCUACGGCCUGAGAAUACAGCAAACACAAUGUCCCGUCGCGGAUCACCAGGGGCGUCGAGGGCAUUGCCGCAUCCGGUAACCUUGCGGCGCGCGCUCGCAAGGGGAUGCUGGGCGGGUUUACCCUGCUCGCCGCUGAUGGUGCUUCGUUGAUAGAAGAGGUACAAGUACAGCUUGUUCCUAGAAGACCGCGACUACGGGUGGCACGUUGCUGCGCCGUGGCCUCCCCCGAAGAAGCUGCGAGCUUCCAGGUUUGCCGGGAUCAUGGUGCGGCGCUUCGUCUUCGGCGUGCUGACCGCGAGCAUUUGCGGUCGAGUGGUCGACGCGAAGUGGCUUUUCGACUACCUCAGCGAUGAGGAAGUGGGGAGCAUUGCCAACAGUACAGACGAUGUAAAGACAGAUGCGGUGCACAGUGUUGACAAUGAAGCUUUUUAUUAUGCAAGCUGCGCAUGAUCCAUACGAAAACAAAAACAAAAUCAAAAUGCAAAUACUAUACCCCAGGUCUCCCGAACAUCGACAUCGCCUCCCAGCAGCCGGACGUCGAUGCUGAGGUGGAUGACUGGGCGCCCGGAAAAUCAGUCGACGAUCCGCACCCUAUCUUCCUCACACCCGACCUCAGCAGCAUCGUCACCACCACAGCACCUGUACUACAACCCGCUGCGCAACAACCGGCCACCACCACCACCGCCCCCUCGCUGGAGGAAGAGGAGAACUUAGGCCCCGCGGCCGCGAAAGCAAAGGCCCUCGAGCGGAUGAAAAACAAGAGGGAAAAACCGCAGAUUCAGUGUGACCUAGCGACCGAGGUGAUCUUGUCUCUCGGGAACGCGCGCUUGACGGAGGCUGUGAUGCGAGACAGCCUGGGCAGCGAAGAUCCGUGCGUCCUGGAAACCAUUCGCGCCGGGCGGGUGCAGCAAAUAUCGGUACCUAGGAGCCUGCGGUUCCAGGUUGGGAUGCUGGGAAGCAACUCGACAGCUGAAGUCGGGAACAGCAGCUCCGGAUUGAGCCUGAAUAGCAGCAUCGCGUUAAUGUUUCUGCAGGAGGUGGGAGGAGAAGAUCAAGUUCAAGACGAGGAUCACGACCAAGCGCAAUCUGCAUCUGCGUUUCCUUUCCAGGACCCGAAUAAGGUGAAACCCUUGCAGCAUAAGCCCGCCGAGACAAAACCCACGCCCGAAAAGCCUACUGCGAAAGGGCCGGAGAACCAGCCGGCGUUUGCCAGGACCAUUCCCGUCGGGGGGCCCGCGGCUCGGUUCCGGACCAGACUGCCGUUUCAACAGGUGAGGGUGAUUUCGAUUUGCUUUUGCGAGUAGGAAACUAAAUCAUGUUGUCGUUGUCCACUAUUUGCGGUUGCCCGAUAAUAGACCUGUUUUCGUUUUCCUCCACGUACUUAUAAUCUUCUACAACUAUCACUAGUAUGUCAAAGACCCAAACUUCUAUCAGGUCCUGAACGCGUUCUGGCUAAAUUCCAAUCCUUUCGGCCAGACCACGGACAGUGUGUGUGCCAUCUACCCGUCCAGCCGCGAGCAGGUGAAAAUAGCGAAGCAAACGACAGAGAUGGUCCGCCAGGUUUUCGAAGAAGACGCCAGAACGCCUUCGCAGCUGCGGUUUCUUCUGCCCGGUGGCGAGGAGAAUAACGUGAACGCCAUGCUGCCCGCGGAACGCGAGCAGGCGAAAAAUGCGGCGUUGGAGGAGCAAAUGGUGUCAGCACUGGCGAAAUCGAAAAUCAGUAGUACUAGCAAGAUGACAAGCUCUAGUACAGCAACAGCAGGGAUGAAAACAGCUACAUCAACAAACAAAUUCGAUCCAGCGAAGCCGUACACGCAGCAGGAUUUAAAAAAAGUCCUGCACAACGUCGCGGACAAGUCGGGUGACGCCUCGGUGAAGCUGAUACGCAUUGCAAAAGUAUCGCACUAGUAUAAAUUGCAUUACAAAUUGCGCCAAGAACAAAAUUGGAAUUUGUAAUGCUGAUUCAGGUUGGGAAAAAUAUUCGUCAUGCUUUAGUGCAAUUUAUACGAGUGCGAUAGCUUUUGCACAGCAUAGCUGAAAAACGGGAACAAAAACGCGAUAUCCACGAAGGAGGGUAUGAAGGAGUACGAUAAGGAGCGAAAGGAGAAAGCUUUCUACGAGGCGGGGCUGACCCCCACCGGGGCAUCGACAGUUUCGCCCCCUAGUACUUCCGCGACGGAUGUUGGGAUAAAAGUUGGAGGCGCAGCUGCAGCUUCUGAUCCACUUCUGGAUUAUUUCAACACGCCGGGGGGAGGAUCAAGAUCAACUUCAUCUUCUGGUUAUCCUGUGCAAAAGUAUCGUACUCGUUGUAGUAAUCGCAGUUAUGCAUUAGAAAUCUAGUUGGUUAGGUAAAUCCGCAUUACAAAUUUAAUUUGUAAUGCUGAGCCAAUUUGUAUUGCGAUUUGUCCUAGUGCGAAACUUUUGCAGUGCAUACUGGUACGAUCCCUAGAUCCGCUCCUCCUCUCGGCUACAAUCUAAUGACGGCCUCGGUGCAGGACGGUUUCAGCUACGACCCCCCGAUAUGCAUUGCAAAAGUAUCGCACUAGUAUAACUAGCAUCACAAAUUCACUCAGCAUUAGAAAUGGAAUUUGUAAUGUGGAUUCCACCAAAGAAAGGGAUUUGUAAUGCACGACAGCGAUUAGUACGAGUACGAUACUUUUGCACAGGAUACCUGACUUUGGUUUUCACCGAAGCACCUCUGCAAGAGCAAGACUUCCGCGGGCAAAGUAUGGGACAACUCUCAAGCGUUACAUUCUCGACUGUUACAUGAAUUUGCCACGUAAAAUUGGCAGCUUCGCAGGACAAGUUCUCGACGCGCUAGAUAGCACUUUAAUCUACUCCAAAUUCAUGUAACAGUUGAGAAUGUAACACUUGAGAACUCCAUACAAACGGCGACGGACUACACGAAAUCGAUGCAAAUGGUGCGGUUGGUGCAUUCGCGGGGAAAGAUCACGACAAGUCUGUGGAACGAGGAGAACAUCCGGAAAUUUCUAUCAGAAGGAAAAAUCCCCCCUCCCUAUAUCGAAAACGAUGCUUGUGAUGCUGUAUUGGAGUACACAAAUCAGAUUUGUCUUGCAGUAGAGGACUGCAGGACCAUGCCACGCCAUGCCAAUGUAGAGAGGUCUUGGCCUAGGCACUUAGCAUGAGGAACGGCUAUGCUGUAGGCCCAACAGCAUUACAAACCAUCUGCGUAAUGGGUCGGAGCCUAUGCCGUUGCUUUCUUGCAAGACAGACGCGAUUUGUGGUCACAAAUCCGCAUCGCAAAUUCCCUGAGGCGUACCUUUUCAAUAUGGGGAUGGGAGAUUUUUCCUUCCGAUAAUUUCAGAAUUUGCUGACCGGCACGACGAAGAUCGCCCCGCCGAUCCCGGUGGGCACCGCAACGAAAAAUUACAUGGGUGUGGACGACGACGAUGUAGCAGUUCAUGCUGCGGAAAAUAAAGACAAGGUCCCAGCAUCAAAACCGAAAACAAGCUUGAACCCGAUCAGCUUGCUGUCCAUGGCUAUCAAAUGUAAAAAUGUCUGGGUCUGGAAGAUUCCAAGAUUUGUCAUGCAGUUUGUCCAAGCUCCACCAAGUCUGGAACGCAGGGCCUAGCAUCACAGGUUCUGCAGCCCCUUGGUGAUGCCCAUUGUGCAUGAGAAAUGCCCUCUCAGCAUGGCGAGAAAUGGGGACCUUUUGCAAGCCAUGCAACACAGAUUUUUGUAUGAUCCGCAACACGCAUCACAAGUUCGCACUCUUCCAGACCCAGACAUUUUUGCAUUUGAUAAUCGCGCUGCAACAUCAAAAGUCGGGGCGGACCCCCGGGAGAAGAAGUACAGCUACAUCUAGCAGAACGAAUAUCAAAGCGUCUUCUUUCAUCUCAACAGCCACCACGUCGUUCGCCGUUGCACCACGAGCAGGAACAACAUCAAAGCGGACGGCUGCAGAGAGCAGCGUAGCAACAUCAUUCCUGCAGAUAGGUGAAGAUGUGGUCGACGAUCACAAAAUGAUGAUGAACAUGCUGGAUAGGAACAGUGAGAAGAACGACCUCGCUGUGCUGCACCAGGAAAGGCACCAUGAUGGUCACGCUCACCACCACACCCACAAGCAUCUGCACGAUGGUCAACACCGGAACGAAAAACAAAAAGAGCACCAUCACCACCACCACCAUCAGAGCCAUCAUCACCACAAGGAUCCCUUGGGUCUGGUCGAGGCUGCAACUUCAGCCUCGUCUAGAAUUACUCCGGCUCCUGUGGAGGAACAGCGAAAAGAAAGGCAUGCGAACUACAAGCACAAAAGCUCCUUCGGGAAGGAGAAGACAAAUCUUCGUCAUCUCUUCGAGAGCGAGACGAGUACCAACCGGCUGAAGACGCACCACGGUACUUCUAAUAAGAACGUCAGCUUGAAAAUGAUGAAAACGAAGAGUCCGGCAGGACGACAGUCACACGACCGAAAUAGUUUUCAGUACUUGCAACUCUUCUCCGACAAAAGACCUUCCCCGGCAGGCGGCGUGGGGGCAUCUCGUGGGGGCCAAAACGAUGCAAAUUUUGCCAUCGGCAAACUUCGGCAGCCAUCGUCCUCGAUAAUAUCCGCGUGGUAUCGGCACGCGCACGGGAAAGGGGAUGGAGCGGAUGGUGAAGCGGGCCCGGAAAAAUCGCGAGAGCAACUACAGCAGCUAGAGUUGCAAACUGCACCCCCUUCCUCACAACAACAUGGGCCGCGGCUCACAUCUUCAACUACAGAAUUGCUGGAGCGGGGGACGACGAGUGCAGCUCAGGCAGCGAAACUUCAUAGGGAGCGAAAGAUGAUGCAGACGGAGAAAAACGACAAUGUGCAGCUGCAGAAGAACGAGCAAACUCAUCUGCAAAUACCGGCAACCACCGCCGGAAAAGAAGCCGAGCACGUGGCUCAGGCCGCGGGGGUGGUAGCUGCGGCGCAACACAAAACUGCACAAACAGCCGAAACCGACGAGGCCACAGCCGGUGGAUCAUCCGGAAGUACUAGUAGUGUCGUUAACCAAAGAUCUCCCGAGGGGGCCGCGAUCUCUGCCGCGACGUCUAGUGCGUAUGCGUCUUCCGGUGCAGGAUCGACUGCUGGAGGGAAAACGGAGAAACAGGACCCCUCCGUUUUCGAUGACUCAGAAGUUGCUGCAGCGAUCAAAGAAGCGCAAGUCGGAGGUCAAGCGACUACUACAGCAGGGCCUGUUUCUGCGGACGGAGUUGCCAGAGCGAAGAACAAGGAGGAGGACUUGCGGGGAAAGCAUGAGAGGCAAACCUGGGGUAAUAAAACGUUCAGCAUAUAAUUGCAUGUUUGAGAUUGUCGUGAUGUUGCGAGAAGUCCUGCGAGCCUGAGAUGUGCUGCAGUUGAUUUUUUGGGAAAAAUGCACGUGCUACUAGUAGUACGCUCCUUCUUCUAGAGUUGUCUAAAUGAGCAAUCACACAAAAAAACACACCUCAGCGUCCGAGUGGGUCCCUCUCAUCGCCGGUAUCGCGGUGCUCGUCGAGAUUGUCGCGCUGCUCUGCUUAUGAACUGCAAAAGUAUCGGACUCGUAUAAAUGCAUUGCGAAUUUUCUUAGCAUGAGAAAUAGAAUUUGUAAUGCUGAUUUGCCUUGACAAAGGAAUUUGUAAUGCAAGACCUGCAUUUAUACGAGUGCGAUACUUUUGCGCAGGAUACUGCUGCGAAACGAAUUUAGACACCUACGACCGCUCCCACUACUACCACAACUACUACUCCGACACUGAUCGGUCUUCGCAAAUCUCCACGCACUUAGCCGCGUCCUCCGCGAGAGGACGGUCUUCUUGCGCCAGCGGAACCGGGACCUCGCAGGAUGAGGGGCCGGCGACGAGUAUUUCCGCAACCCGGCAAGAGUGGACCACCAGGGUGCUGCUGCAGCAUCAACUACAGGGAGGAACUACGCGGGAGAGCAAUUUUCACAAUCUGUACGAAGAGACCCGGAAAGCGAGCAGUAAAUCGAAGUGAGGACGAGGAGUAGGAGAGCAGAGGGAAAAUAAGCCUGGCAAGUGAAGGAGAAAAGGCGCAAAUAUGUAGAAUAUAAUUACAGAAGUCCUCUCACAGGUCGUGAGCCGUUGCAGCCGACCAAAAGAUGUCACCAACUCACCGUCGGGUGUGAAGUAAGAGAACAUAGAAUAUGUUGUUGUCCACUCAUUUAGAGGAGGGAACCUCAUGAGAAUAGAGAGCAAAGGAGACUUCUUCUACGCGGAGGUUUUUGUACAAUCACAAAAGCGUAUUUAUCAACAGAGACAAGGACAACAUCAGAAAGAAGAGUACCGCAAAUAAU